UUUAUAGCAAAGCCUGUGAAGAAUCCCGACGGAACUUUGAAUCUAUUCAACUGGGAAUGUGCCAUUCCAGGCAAAAAAGAUACUAUAUGGGAAGGCGGAUUGUAUAAGAUUCGUAUGCUUUUCAAGGACGAUUUUCCUUCAACUCCACCUAAAUGCAAAUUUGAACCACCUUUAUUCCAUCCGAAUGUAUACCCUUCAGGAACUGUAUGUUUAUCACUAUUAGACGAGAACAAGGAUUGGAAACCGUCGAUUACCAUUAAACAGCUUUUGAUAGGAAUUCAAGAUCUACUCAACAAUCCGAAUCCUGACGACCCUGCACAAGCUGAAGCUUAUCAGAUCUUUUGUCAGAAUAGGGCGGAAUACGAAAAACGCGUUCGUCGAGAGGCAGCAAAAUUCUCAGCAGAGAUUGUUCAAAAGCAAAUGCUUGGUUAA